CUCGCUAACCCAUUGCGGACAGACACACACCAAAAACACGAAAAUGAAACUCAAUCUGCUCAAUUUUAUGAUAGUAAAACUUUCAAGAAUCUAAAAAUAAUUUCAUUAAUCUUCGUUUUCUCUCUCCUCCACUUGUUAACUGCUGGCACAGCCUCACGGGUACAAGAACGAACGACCAGAAACAGGGCCGUGGAGUAGUUUCUCUCUUCCACAGUGCUCUUUUUUCACUGAAAAAGCUGUUUUCUGAAGACUUGUGUGUUGCAAAUUGAGGUCCUUUGUCCUAUUUCCUUCUCAAUCCUUUGGGUUUUUUGAUGGGUUCGUCGUGUCCCUUGGUUUCAAGAUUCUGUGCGGUUCACUCUCUGAUUGUGGAUCUGUGGUGGGGUUUUCUUUUGGUUGUGGGGUUGUGAUCAAGAUCUGAUUUUUAUGGCUUGUGGUUUGACAGGGUUGAUGGACGAAAUGUUUGAAUCUUGAUAAUGGGCGUCAUAGCUAUUGCAGUUGUUGCUGAAAAACUUAUUAGUUGGAACUUUCUUGAACAAAGUGUAUUGAUUCUGUGAUGGCCUCAAAAACGGAUACUGGAGCUCCCAUAGGCGUGCAACAAAAAGCUAUUGGUGUUCAGCACGUAAUCAACAUAAGUUUACCUUCUCUGGUCUCAAAGACUGAUGAGCUCAAGCUGGUUAAUCCUGAACAAUCAGCAGAACCUGCUAAGGUGACUGCUGUGCUGUCUAAAGAAGAUAAUGAAUCCAACAGAUCUCCAACUAAUCUUAAAGAUCCUUUGAGGUUGUUGGGAAACUCAGACUCCAGUAUCUCUUCCACUGGAUCAGAGCAAGCAUCUACAACUCAAGAUCUUGAGGUCCAUCAUAGAAGCACCUCCCUGGAAACUUCCACUGAUCAAGAAAAGAAAUCAUCUGGCCUGGGAAGUGUGAAGAACAGUUCAGUUUAUGCAAAGGUUAGUGAUGGAGUUAGUAGUCUAAGUCUUGCAAAAAUGAGCGGAAGUGCCAAAAUAGGUGAUUACAAUGACUUCAUUGAGAGUGGAAAGAGCAGCAUGUGUCGGGGAAGCACAAGCAGUGAUGUGAGUGAUGAGAGUACUUGUAGCAACUUUAGUAGCAUGGUCAACAAGCCUCACAAAGCAAAUGAUGUGCAAUGGGAAGCCAUCCAAGCUGUGAGAGCCAGAGAUGGCAUCUUAGGCCUGAGCCAUUUUAGGCUGCUGAAAAGAUUAGGUUGUGGAGAUAUUGGGAGUGUUUAUCUGGCUGAGCUGAGUGGAACCAAAUGUUACUUUGCAAUGAAAGUUAUGGACAAGGCAUCCUUAGCAGGUCGCAAGAAGCUUCUUCGUGCUCAGACAGAACGAGAGAUAUUACAGUCCCUGGACCAUCCCUUCCUUCCUACUCUAUACACCCAUUUCGAGACUGAUAAGUUCUCAUGUUUGGUGAUGGAGUUCUGCCCUGGAGGAGACCUACACACACUUAGACAGAAACAACCAGGAAAAUAUUUUUCUGAACAAGCAGCAAAAUUUUAUGUUGGAGAGGUGCUGCUUGCUCUUGAGUAUCUUCACAUGCUUGGGAUCGUCUACCGUGACCUUAAGCCUGAAAAUGUUCUUGUUAGGGAUGAUGGACAUAUAAUGCUCUCCGACUUUGAUCUUUCACUUCGAUGUUCUGUCAGCCCAACUCUCAUAAAGAGCUCUUCCUCUGCUUCCGAUCCUCAGCACAAAAGUUCCAUGUACUGUGCCCAGCCAGCAUGCAUUGAACCGGCCUGCAUUCAGCCAUCAUGUGUUGUCCCGACAGCAUGCUUCUCUCCUCGUCUCUUUUCUAGCAAAUCCAAGAAAGACAGAAAAUUAAAAACCGAAAUUGGAAAUCAAGUGAGCCCACUGCCUGAGCUGAUUGCUGAACCAACAAAUGCUCGAUCAAUGUCAUUUGUUGGAACUCAUGAGUAUCUCGCACCUGAGAUCAUCAAAGGUGAAGGCCAUGGAAGUCCGGUGGACUGGUGGACUUUUGGGGUCUUUCUAUAUGAGCUUCUGUUUGGUAAAACUCCGUUUAAAGGAUCUGGUAAUCGAGCGACACUUUUCAACGUUGUUGGACAGCCCCUUAGGUUUCCAGAAACACCAGUUGUCAGUUUUGCUGCGAGGGAUUUGAUUAGGGGUUUGCUCGUAAAAGAGCCUCAGCGUAGGUUGGCCUAUAAAAGAGGCGCAACGGAGAUAAAGCAACACCCAUUCUUCGAAGGAGUUAACUGGGCUUUGAUACGUUGUGCCACCCCUCCUGAGAUCCCCAAGCCUGUCGAUUUCGAGAGAUUACCUCUUCCCCCAGCAAAUGAAAAGUCUGCUAAUAUUGUUUCUGUCACUGAUCAUCAGAAGAGUGAUAAAUAUCUGGAGUUUGAUUUCUUCUAGUUAAUGUUGACAUCGUUGGCGCCUGUACUGAAUCAAGAACAACUACUCAGGACAAUCUGGAAGACAGCGACCAUGGUUUUGCCCUCAAGGGGUGUGAUAACUGGCUGUUCUUACAUCAAGGCAACGGUAACCUAUAUUAAUGCUUUCACUGCACAUGGAACUGGACAACGGAUGGCCACAGGAUGAGUGUCAGCUAAAACAUUUGCACUGUGUAUAAUUUUUCUUAUCUUAUUUAGGACUGGUUGAAUUUAAGACAUGUUAGGACCGAAUCUUAGACGCAGCCGUCAACUUGUAUGUAUGCUGCUGUAUGUGCCGACAUUUCAGUUACCAAUCAGCUACACACAUUCCUUGCAGUGAGUUGAUAUUGUUUCUCUUUUAGUU